UUGAAUUGCUUGCAGACCGCUGCCUCACAUAAGGAAUGGUCGCCCGCUCUUUGAUCCCCCUGGGAAUCCUGUCUAUGCUAGAGAGCUACUGACUUACCCUCACAACCAGGAGAUCUGUAAGACCGUGUUUAAAAAUAUACUGGGUGAUACUAUUCUAAUGGAUGACCUGGUCUCAGCAAAUAGCUACAGAGCAAAGUUGGUGCAGAACCAUAUAUCUUGCCCCACCAUUCUGACCAGGCAAGGGGACAGAGUCAGUUCCAAGGGCAAGUUUGGAGGCAGACACAAUAAAGCGCCACCUAUUGCUGCACUUAAAGUGUUUGGUGCCCCCCUCCCUGAUCAUUACAAUGCUCUUAAGGAACAAAUAGACCUGCUCCACGAGUAUCAAUCAAUUCUGCAGAAGAGGAAUGAGGCAAAGAAGGAGCGUGAAGAUCACAUAAAACUAAUGAAUUCUCCUGAAGAACAGGCAAAGAAACAAGACAUGGAACAGAAAAAGAUGCAGCUGGAGACGAUUGAGAGACAGCUUGAGUCUACACCAAACAGGCCAAUGAAACGGGGACCUGAGGGUCCUGGAGAACCCUCUGGCAUCAUUACAAAAAGAGCAAAGCAGCGAUCCACAUAAGGAAUAGAUUAGUGCAACCUGAGUGCCUGAAGCCGUUUGUUUGUUUUUAACUGGAUUAAAUUUUUAGAAUACAUUUUAUUUGUAGUGAUGUUUUACUAUAUGUUUUAACACUUCGUAAAUGCUUAUGAUAAACAUAUGUGUAUAGCAUCAAA